CAGCUGCUCGCGCGGCGUCGCCGCGAAUCGCGGGAGAGCACGAGGCUCGAACUGCGCGCAGCCACGCGCCGACAUCAAGAGGGCACCCGCAAAGCACCAUGGACCCCACCGCCGCCCUCAACAUCCUCCAAAAUCACGCCAGGCAAAAGCAGGCUGAGCUCGCCCAGACGCCAUCGCAGACGCAGGCGGAGCAGUCCAAUCCGACGCAGCAGACGAUAGACAUGGGCGCGCCGACAGCGUUACCGCCAGCGCCGCCGGUCGUGGACGCCCCUGACGCGGCCGAGCCUGAAGACGUCGACGUGUCUGGUCUCCCUGCGCCAGAGCUUCUGGCGCGCGUGCGGAAGUUGCAGCAGGACAGAACAGCAACAUACAAACAAUACGAUGAAGCAUUGGUAGCGUGCGCACCCGGCGAGGGCCGGCAAGGCGAUCCAGCGGCGUACGCGACCGUCGUCGCCAAGGUGACCGUAGUCUUCGACCGAAUUUCAAAGCGCGCGAAUGCUUGCGAGGCCGCGCUCCGGUCCCGCGGCCUGUCGGCCGCGGCCGACGCCAUCCGACGGCUGCAGGAAGCCGAGAAAGAGAAGCUGGAGCUCACGGCCGCACGGCACCUCGGGGCGUUCCGCCCCGACACCGACGCGGCGACGGCGCACCUCGAACGUCGCUCACGCGAGGUCGUGGCGAGCGUCAACGAGGCGCUCGAGGACUUGGCGUGCGAGCUCGACGGAGAGGAGUGAAUGUGUGUGGUUUGACUAAUUUCGGUGGGCUAGCUAGUCCUCAGC